GUACUCCUUCCAGGACGAGGAGGACAUGUUCAUGGUGGUGGACCUGCUCCUGGGCGGGGACCUGCGCUACCACCUGCAGCAGAACGUCCACUUCACCGAGGGGGCGGUGAAGCUGUACAUCUGCGAGCUGGCCCUGGCCCUGGAGUAUCUGCAGAGGUUCCACAUCAUCCACAGAGACAUCAAGCCCGACAACAUACUUCUGGAUGAACACGGACACGUCCACAUCACGGACUUCAACAUAGCGACGAUCGUGAAAGGAGCGGAAAGGGCUUCCUCCAUGGCUGGGACCAAGCCGUACAUGGCCCCAGAAGUGUUCCAGGUGUACGUGGACGGAGGCCCUGGGUACUCGUACCCGGUCGACUGGUGGUCCCUGGGUAUCACCGCCUACGAGCUGCUGCGGGGCUGGAGACCGUAUGAAAUCCACUCGGCCACGCCCAUCGAUGAGAUCCUCCACAUGUUCAAGGUGGAGCGUGUCCACUACUCCUCCACGUGGUGCAAAGGCAUGGUCGCGCUGCUCAAGAAGCUCCUGACCAAGGACCCCGAGAGCCGUCUGUCCAGCCUUGGUGAUGUCCAGAGCGCGCCCUACUUGGCCGACAUGAACUGGGAUGCGGUGUUCGAGAAGGCGCUGACGCCCGGCUUUGUGCCCAAUAAGGGGAGAUUGAAUUGUGACCCCACGUUUGAACUUGAAGAAAUGAUCCUCGAAUCCAAGCCACUUCACAAAAAGAAGAAGAGGCUGGCGAAGAACAGGUCCAAAGAUGGCACAAAGGACAGCUGUCCUCUGAAUGGACACGUCCAGCAGUGCUUGGAGACUGUGCGGAAGGAAUUCAUCAUAUUCAACAGAGAGAAGCUGAGGAGGCAGCAGGGGCAGGGCAAUGCGCUCCCGGACACGGACGGCCGCGCUGGGAGCCAGGCGCAGGGCAAGCUGCAGGACGGCCGCAACAACAACGCCCCGGGCCGCGCCUGCUCCGGGGGCUGCAGCAGCUAA